GUCAUAACUAUUUGGACGCGUUAUUUCAACAUGGCCAAACUAGAGAUUAUAAAACCAAGUGAACUGUAUAACAUUUUGAAUCAGAAAUUUACUCACGCUUUCAUAAGUGAUCCAUGUUAUUGUGCCCUGUUUGACUCGCGAACUGCUGACGACUAUAAUAAGUCACAUAUUAUAACAGCUAAGAAUUUGAAAAGAUUGAAUGCUUGUUCUUUCAGAAUACCGUAUGAGGCAGAACUUGACUGCAGGUGGAAUGUCAUUGUUUACGAUGGAAAUACAUCAUCAUUGGACUCUGAAGGGGAUGCAGUGAGAGCUGCAAAGCUUUUGUAUGAUAACGGGAGCCGUCACUUAGUUAAAAUACUGGAAGGAGGAUUUGAGACAUUUAGUCGUUUAUAUCCAUACAUGAGAAGUGACAAAAUAAUGUACUUACCACGAGAGCUUGAAUCGUUUUCUACUUAUCCACUGGAAGUUUUACCGAAUGUUUUAUAUAUUGGUACAAUUCAACAUGCUGGUGAUCGUAAACUUCAUAGGCAAAUGAAUAUUGUAGCACAUAUAAAUUGUGCAUUAGAUAAUGACGAUCCUAUAUACCAGAAUUGUAAAGACUCUAUGUUGAAUAUUCAACCAACUGAAAAUUGUGAACUGUUAUCAUUUUUGGACAACGCUUGUGAUUUUAUUCAAGAAAAACGAUUAAGAGGACAACGUGUUUUAAUUAUUUCAAAAUGGAUGUUUAAUCAGUCUGUAGUGAUUGCAAUUGCUUAUCUUAUUAAAUAUGAAUUAAUGAGUUUAAAAGAUGCAUGGAUGUAUUUACGAAAGAUCUGUAUACCGAUGCAACCAAGUUGGAAUUUUAUGAUACAAUUAGCUGAAUUUGAAUAUAACUUACAGCGUACUGAUAAAUUGAUUCCAUUGACAGAAGAUGAAUACUAUGAAAGAUGAAGUGAUAAAGUAUGAAUAGA